AAUAGAUGUAUAUUUUAGCAACGUAAUUCAACGUUGACACAGAGAACGUAAUAAUAGAAUAUAAACUCAUAUUUCUGAUGUAAUAAUACGUAAUAUUUUAAUAUAUAUAUAAAGAUUUUACCGUUUAUUCACGUAAUGAGUGUCCUUUUAUGACAUAGGGUAUAUAUUCAAGUAAAAAUUAUCAUACAUGUGUUUGGAUGGCGACAAAAGAGGCUUCUUACUAAAGCCACUUCGCCGAUAUAUAGGUUUUUACAAUAAAUCUGUAAUUUAUUUUCAGAGAUAUGGCUGAACAAACUGUUUCAAAAGACUUGGAGGACGUCAAGAUCGAAGAUGAUAGAGUCGAUCCAUGGAAAGUUGAGUGUAAUUCUCUAAAGGGAAUAGAUUAUGAUAAACUUAUAAAAACAUUUGGAAGUAGUAAAAUUGAUCAAGCAUUGAUUGAUCGAAUUGAAAAAAUAACAGGCAAACCUGUUCAUCCCCUUUUGAGAAGAGGCAUUUUCUUUUCUCAUAGAGAUUUAAAUAUCAUUUUGGAUCUGUAUGAAAAGAAUCAGCCAUUCUACUUGUAUACGGGUAGAGGUCCGUCUUCUGAAUCCUUACACAUGGGGCAUUUGAUACCAUUUAUUUUUACAAAGUGGUUACAAGAUACCUUUGACGUGCCAUUAAUUAUACAAUUAACGGACGAUGAGAAAUUCCUAUGGAAGGAUUUAACCGUUGAGGAGAGCAAUCGUUUAGCAUUUGAAAAUGCAAAGGAUAUUAUUGCUUGUGGAUUCAACAAAGACAAAACCUUUAUUUUCUCCGAUAUCGACUAUAUCUCUUCAUCUAAGGCUUUCUACGUGCAAAUGUUGAAAAUUCAAAAGUGCGUUAAUCUAAAUCAAAGCUGUAAAAUUUUUGGUUUCGACGAAACGAGUUUCAUUGGCAAAAUUUCUUUCCCGGCUAUUCAAGCAGCCACAGCUUUUUCUGCAGCCUUUCCACAAAUCUUUAACGGAAAGACGAACGUUCCCUGCCUUAUACCUUGUGCUAUUGACCAAGAUCCGUAUUUUCGAUUGACAAGGGAUAUUGCACCCAGACUGAAUGCUCAUAAACCGUCUCUUAUUCAUUCUGGUUUUAUACCCGCUUUACAAGGAGCGACCACAAAAAUGAGUGGAAGUGUUGCAACUAGUUCAAUCUUUUUAACCGAUACACCUAAACAGAUUAAAACGAAAAUUAAUAAAUAUGCUUUUUCGGGAGGAAGAGACACCAUUGAAGAACAUAGAGAAAAAGGCGGUGAUUAUACUGUCGAUAUAUCAUACAAAUACCUAACGUUCUUCCUAGAAGAUGACGAAGAGCUCGAGCAGAUCAGACAAGACUAUUCGAGCGGAAAACUAUUAACUGGAGAACUAAAACAGAAAACGAUAAAAAUAAUACAAGGUAUUGUUGCUGAUCACCAAGAACGAAGAAAGAACGUUACUGACGAAGUUGUUAAAGAAUUUAUGAGUAUUAGAAAGUUAGCGUUUGAAUACUAA